AAUAUUGGGGCAAGAAGCUUCCACAUGGCAAAGGCUGCAGGAGAAUGGUAUUCUAUUCUUUUGGCCUCCGAUGACAAAGAAAAGAUAGAAGUAAAUGGUCCCAUGAGGUUGUUUGUGGAAUCCAUGCAAGUCUUAGACAACUCUUCCUUGUACUUUAGAUUCCAUACAAAGGUAGAUGGAGAGUGUAUGCCACUUGAUUUUGUUUGUGACAAAGUGCCCUCCAAAAAUGGCCUGUAUCACACCAACUAUGAGGGAGAGAAUAUGUUUCAAGUACUUGACACCAACUAUGAGUCGUUUAUAAUAUUUCAUCUCAUAAAUCUCAAUAAGGGGACCGUGUUCCAAAUUAUGGAGCUCUACGGGCGACGACCAGAUGUCAGCAAAAAAAUUAAGAAAAAGUUUAUGGAGGCUUGCAAACAAAAUGGAAUUCCUGAGAAAAAUGUAAUAGACCUGACCAGAGUUGAUCGUUGUCUCCAGGAACGAGGUGUGGAAGAGGUCUAGGACUCCAGUGCAACCGAGGACCCCCGUGAAGCAAGCACUCCGUGUUCAGUGAGAGUGAAAACUUCCUCACCUGGGCCCCAGGAUCCUCUCUUCCACGAGCCCCACAUCAUCUGGGAUAAAUUCUAUGACCUGAUUUCCUCACCUGCUUGCACAGAAAAGCAUCUUCAAGAUCUUGCCUAACAGCCUCUGAAGGCCCGUCCGCUGAAGAAUCAAUGGUUUUCUCUGAAAUUCUCUCUGUGCCAUGCCCUGUAGCGCUUUACCACGAAGAACA